CGAGCCGCGCCGCGCCCCAGCCCGCCGCCGCCGCGCAGCGGGAAGGUGGGAAGCGCCCGGCGGCGCCCGCCUCGCACUACCCGGAGGGGAGGCGCGGUGCGGGGCGUGCAUGCCCCGCCAGCCGCCACGAACCUCUGUGACCAUGCCACCUUCACAGUACUCCAGGAUCGUUUCUUAACAGAUGGGGACCCCGCGUCGGCGCCGGAGCCAGUAGGGGCGAAGCCGCCGCGCGCUGCCAUGAUGACGAGCCGCUGCAGCCCCCUGCCCGAGGUGCUGCCCGAGGGCCCCGGCUCGGCGGCCCCCGCGGCCAAGAGCGCCGGCGGCGGGGCCGGCCCGGCCGGCGGCCGCCCGCACUACGUCAUGCAGGUGUCGGCCAAGGACGGGCAGCUGCUCUCCACCGUGGUGCGGACGCUGGCCACGCACAGCAGCCCCUUCAACGACAGGCCGAUGUGCAGGAUCUGCCACGAGGGCAGCAGCCAGGAGGACCUGCUUUCUCCAUGCGAAUGUACGGGGACCCUGGGGACGAUUCACCGCAGCUGCCUGGAGCACUGGCUGUCGUCUUCGAACACCAGCUACUGUGAACUCUGCCACUUCAGGUUUGCAGUAGAGCGCAAACCCAGGCCUUUGGUAGAGUGGCUGAGGAACCCGGGCCCCCAGCACGAGAAACGGACUCUCUUUGGGGACAUGGUGUGCUUCUUGUUCAUCACGCCGCUGGCGACCAUCUCCGGCUGGCUGUGCCUGCGGGGAGCAGUGGACCACCUGCACUUUAGUAGCCGGCUAGAAGCCGUUGGCCUCAUUGCACUCACUGUCGCACUCUUCACUAUUUACCUCUUCUGGACCCUAGUGUCCUUUCGCUAUCACUGCAGGCUCUACAACGAGUGGCGCCGCACCAACCAGCGGGUGAUCCUGCUGCUGCCCAAGGCGGCCGCCGUCGCCUCCGCCCAGCAGUCGCUGCUGGGCCUGCAGCCCGGCAAGAGGAACUCCAAGGAGACCAUCGUCUGACCGGGGCCGGGCGCCCGGCCGCCUCCGAUACCGCCCGGGAGCCUCGUCUCCCGCUUCACGGACUCUUCGCAGACGGAGAAAUCACUGUUUCAAUUCAAAUCAUGGAUGCUGCAAUCAUACGAUAUUUGCUAAGCUGCCAAACGUGUUUAUUUAGCAGAGACUGGGUGGAAUUCUACGAACUCACGUUAAUACUUGCAUCAGAGCGAUGCAGACUUUUUUUAUUAUUGUUUAAAAAUAUUAAACUAUGAUAAUUAACAAUGCAGAACAGAUGUAAAAAGUGCUUUUUGUUUAUUGUUUCUUGCUACUACAGUAUUUUCUUUGAAUAGCAGCCAAUGCAGUGUUUUUUCAUUUUUUCCCUGA